AUGUCUGGAGCAAGAACUCGAGCUCAAAAUGCCGCUAACGCUCCUCACAAUCAAUCUCGUACCAUCCAAGACCUCACCGCCCUCGUCCGAGAACAAAAUGAACAAAUCAACCGCCUUGUUAACCUUCAAAACCAAAACCCUCAUCCACCUCCUCCUCCUCCUCCCCAACCUAGAAUUACAGCCCCACAAGCCACCUACGAGCGAUUCUUGAAAAUGCAUCCUACCGAAUUCCACGGCGGCCCAAGUCCAACUGUUGCCGAAGAAUGGAUCAAAUCCCUCGAAGAUAUUUUCGAGUACAUGGUGAUGAACGACAGCGACCGAAUCCAUUGCGCACUAUUCUUGUUGAAAAACGAAGCCCGGAAUUGGUGGGAAGGCGCAAAGAGUGGAAUCGAUCUAGCAAAUACCACUUGGGAAGCUUUCAAAGUUCUUUUCUUCGAAAAGUACUUUUCCAAGAAUGUUCGAGCACAAAAGCUUAAGGAGUUUCUCGAACUCAAACAAGGAAACCUAACCAUUGCCGAAUUCACACGCCGUUUCGAGCAAGGAAGCCUCUACGCGCCUUUCAUAUCCAAAGACGACACCGAAAAGAUGAAUCACUACCUAAGAGGCCUCAACCCGAUAAUCAAGCGCGACGUUCGACUAACCUCUGCCUCUACUUUCCGCGGAGUAGUGGACAAAGCCUUAGAAGCCGAACAAGACGAGAUGGAAAUCCGACAAUGGAGACCUCCUCACGAUGCCUCUUCUCGACCAUGGAAGAAACCGAACCUCAACAACUCCAAGGGAAAGCAACCGAUCAACCGAGCAACCGUGACCCCGAGCAACAAGCCCUUUUGCCCUAAAUGCAAGCGAGAACAUUCAGGCGAUUGUGUUACCGGAACUGACCAUUGUUUUCGAUGCAAGAAGCCCGGACAUAUGGUCCGAGACUGCCCUAUCGCCCCGAGACAAGUGCCGGGACGAGUAUUCGCCAUGACAAGAGACCAAGCCGAAGCUGACCCGUCAAUGAUCGCAGGUACCGUUAGUGUGUAUAAUAAUUCCGUGUAUGCCCUCAUCGACUCCGGAUCAACUCACUCAUUCAUCUCAAGUACCCUCGUUGCCGAACUCCGCCUAGUCCGUAGUCAAGCCGAUGCCUUGUUUAGCAUACUUAUUCCUUCCGGUGAUGAACUUAAAUAA